AUGGAAAAUUUGUCUUGGCAUACAAAUGGCAAAAAAGCAAUGGAAAAAGAGCUAUUAAGAGGACGUGACAUGGCAAAUCAAUUACUUGAAGUAUUAACUUUUGAUGAUAAGACAAAUAUUAGAGAAAUGAUGAAAGGGUCAAAUUUGAAGUCAUCAUCAUCAAAAGUGUUACCCUUAAUUGUUGCUGAAGAUCUUGUUCGUGAGGUACUCAAAUCAUUCACAAAUACACUAUUGCUCUUGAACAACAACCAAGACUCCAAUGAUGGUAGAGAUUUUUCUUUCUCAAUGAAUUGCCACAAGCUAGAGGAGGAUUUGGAUGGAGCUUACAAGAAAUUCAAAACUCUCAACACCAAAAAUCCAAAAGGGUCCAACAAGAGAAAGUCAAGUGCACCAACUUGGGAAAAGACAACAUCAAUAUUGAUUGAUGAUGGUCAUACAUGGAGAAAGUACGGCCAAAAAAGGAUAACAAAUGCUAAAUAUUUCAGGAGCUACUAUAGAUGCAGUCACAUGGACGAUCAACAUUGUGAAGCAAUGAAACAUGUUCAACAAACACAAAAUAACCCUCCAUUGUACCGGACUACAUAUUAUGGCCAUCACACUUGUCAAAGUUCUUUCCAUUCCGACCUAAAUUUUGAAUCCAAUUUGUCCUCCGAUGACUCUUCUAUAUUACUUAGUUUUGAUAACAACAUUCUAAGCAAACAAGAACAACCAUUUCCACCAUUGCCACUUCUUGCAUCUGUAAACGGGGAUCCCAAGGAAGUUAUCCAUGAUGAUCAUUUUAUUCCAAAUCAAUUGUGCACGUCAGAAAACCUCCAAUUAUGCGAUUUUGAUGUUUAUUUUGAUUAUUUGAGGCAUGCUACUGUGCAAUUAUAG